AUGGCAUUCUUCCUACUUGUGCGCGGCAUUCCUGUCUAUUUAAUUCGAGUUAAGCCGGCCCAAAUAUGGUGGAGCUCGAUUGCGGAAAUAUCGCCUUCAUAUCUUGCAUCUCAGACUACGGCAAUUUACGAGGAUUUGGAAGUGAGCGAUUUUUCACGCAUUGAGUAUAGAAUUAGGGGUUUAAAAGGUGGCCUAAUUUCUUCGUCUGCCAGUGAAGUGAUUCCAGUAAGCACAUUCACGAAUGAGGACAUUCAACAACACAGAGUCGUUUUUUAUCACGACGGAAAAUCUUUCAGCGCGGGUUUCAAAUUCUCAUUAAUUUAUGGCAACUACGAGUCUGCGGCUCACGAUUUCAACAUCGAAGUGAAGGCUGUCACAAACCUCUCCUUAAAGCUGAACCCAAUCGUCGGUCAAAUUGACUUUUUCCGUGAUGUUAGCAUGACAAACAUCAACUCACUGUUAAUCUUAGCUGACAAACAAAGCUAUGAUCUGACAAGGGCUUGCAAAACCGGUGGAUUGCAAGUGGAAUUCAAAGUCAUGGACGCUCAACCACAUUGUUUUUUCGUAGCCAAGCGAGCAACGAACAUUUACACAUCAACAUUGCAAACUUCCACAUUCACGCAAUGUGAUAUCUACAGUGGUCAUGUUCUCAUAUCCUGCCCAAAAUCGACGCAAAUCAAAACGUCUCUUUCGCUAAAAGCCCAGGUGAUCGACUCAAUAUCUUCCAAUCAUCAAAGAAUAAUAUAUGUUAGUGAAAUACGCAAAAUUGAAGUGGUCAUUCUGGAGAAAUAUGCAGAAACGAGUCGUAGAAUUGCGAUAGCCAAAUCUGAUGGUUCUACAAGUCUUCGACUAGAUGAUAUCCGAAUGUAUGGCAUUGGGUACACUGUUUAUCAGCCUACACGAAGCUGUGCGUAUGUUUUGAAAAGUCUUCCACAUUAUGGGGAUUUACUUUGUGAUGACAGAGUGGUGAAAGUUGGAGACACUGUAUGCAAAUCUCUCGUCUAUAAAUACAUAGGUGGUUCCGGAAUGUUAGACAAGUUUUCGCUGGAAGUUUUCCCCAAUUCCAAAGAGGGCACCCAAUCUGCAACAGUAAAUGUCCCAGUUAUUAUUCACAGAGGGGAUACAUUGAAUAUGUCCAAACUAGGAACGAAAAAACCCAUUCGGGUAACAAUGAAUGACACUUUUGUGCCCUUAAACGCGGAUUUGAUUGGUCAUAUCAAUGGUGCUAUAUACGUGAUUACAAAAUUUCCAGUCUACGGUGAUAUAUAUUUCAACGAAUCCAAAAUAACGUCAUUCAGUUCUCAAUUGUUAAAUCGAGGCGAAAUAUACUACCUGCGAAAUGAAAACUAUCUUUCCGACUUUACAUCAGACAUUAUUUGUAUAGCUAUCUGCGACGAUUGGCCAGAGUGUCAAAUUAAUGACAUGAUUAUUGAAAUUCAAAUUGCGGCGUUUCCAGUAGAAACGAAAAUAAUAUACCAGAAUAUCUAUUACAAUUCGCAGAAUCGAAGUAUCCCAGUAAGAAUCGAACAAAGGCCUCCCGGUAAAGAAGCCUUUAUUAUAACCUUAAAACCGAAUAUUGGCCAGUUACUCCAUGAUAACUUUGAAGUGGUGGAAAUCAGUUCUUUGGAAAUUUCAAACAAUGGACUAUCCUAUUAUCGGCCCAAGUGGAAUACAAGCAAUGAUGAAUUUGUUUUAAAGCAAAUGAGACCUCCAGUAACUAUGAUUUUUCGAGUCACUGAUUGA